CACGCAUUUUCCGUGUGUUGGUGCAAAUGCACGACGUGACCAGCGCCUAAACCCCACAAUUUUUCUCCCUUCUAAAAUCUCCGGCGAGCUCUGCCCUGCCUUCCGCUGCUUCUUCCUCCGCAAGCCACCGCGCAACCGCCUGCCAUGAUGGGGAGCAGGGUGGCCGCGUCGCUGCUCCGCCGGGGCAGGGACCAGGGCUCCGCCCUGAUGACGAUCCCUCGCCUCCCGAGGAGUGGUCCAGCUCCGCCCCCCGCUCCUCCUAGGGUUGGAUCCGGCUCCUUCGGCGGCGGCUGCCGCCACCUACCCCCGCCGCCGCCCCCGCAAUCGACUGGUGGCUUAUUCGCCGCCUCCCGUGCUGCCUCGUACCACGCCUUCCGCUCUUUCGGCUCCAAGAGUUUUAUGGGCCAAUGCACACGGAAAAUGUCUACUACUGCAGCUGCUCUGAAUUCAAAUAUGGCAAACGCAACAGCAAAUUCAGCACUGAAGCUGCUAGUUACCAAAGGGCCUCAAGCACAGAAGGCAGUUGGUAUAUGGCUCUUUGGAUGUGCUGCCUGGGUAUUCAGCAUGGUCAUACUUGGUGGAGUCACUCGGCUCACACGUUCGGGGCUGUCAAUGACUGACUGGAAGUUUGCCGGGGGCUUGCCUCCAAUGUCGGAAGAAGAGUGGCUACUGGAAUUUCAGAAAUACAAGCAGUCACCUGAGUACAUGAGGGUGAACAAAGGAAUGAACCUUGAAGAUUUCAAAUUUAUAUACUGGAUGGAGUAUGCACACAGAAUGUGGGGAAGAGCUCUGGGCUUUGUAUUUGCUGUUCCUUUUGCAUACUUUGUUGCAAAAGGCUAUGUUACCCGCCAACUUGGUGUCAGGCUCUCUGCUCUUUUUGCACUUGGUGGUGCGCAAGGACUAAUUGGCUGGUGGAUGGUGAAAAGUGGUCUUGAGGAACCAGCAUCUGAGUAUGUUGAACCAAGAGUUAGCCCCUACAGGCUGGCAGCUCAUCUGACCUCUGCAUUUGUUAUAUAUUGUGGUAUAUUGUGGACUGCUCUGUCAGUAGUAAUGCCAGACCCUCCGGCUGAAUCAAUGAAAUGGGUAAAAGGGGCAGCAAAAUUUAGAAAGCUAGCACUUCCUGCCAGUGCUGUUGUAGGCAUUACUGCCAUUUCUGGAGCAUUCGUUGCAGGCAAUGAUGCAGGGCGUGCAUACAAUACAUUUCCGAAGAUGGGUGACAGUUGGAUUCCAGAAGAUGUGUUCAGUAUGGAGCCUUUUAUACGCAAUUUCUUUGAAAAUACAUCUACUGUACAGCUUAAUCACCGAAUUCUUGCUACAAGCACCUUAUUGUCUGUGAGUGCCUUAUGGCUAGCUGCAAGGAAAGUAGAUAUGCAUCCAGCGGUCAAGUCUCUGGUUGGAAGCACACUUGGGAUGGCUGCUCUUCAGGUUACAUUGGGAAUAUCUACACUUUUGAUGUAUGUUCCUACCUCAUUAGGUUCAGCUCACCAAGCUGGGGCAUUGACACUACUGUCACUGAUGAUACUUCUCACCCACACAUUAAGAAGACCAUCACCAGCUCUCUUGAAGUCACUUGCAUCUGCUGUGAAGUCAACCUGAUACCACGCCAUGGAUCAGUGAAAAUGGCUAUUUGAUAUUAUUAUUUUUGCCCUCCUAACGUGCUAAAGUACUCCCUCCGUAAACUAAUAUAAGAGCAUUUAGAACACUAUUUUAGUAAUCUAAACACUCUUAUAUUAGUUUACAGAGGGAGUAUUUGUUAAAAAAAGAAAUCAGUUCUUGGGUAAAGGCUGCUUCAUAGUUUUCUAGCGCCAAAUAUCACAAGCCCUUGUGAAAGUUCCUUUGACUUAUUAUCACAAUUUUGCAUGCAGUAUCUCAUUCUGGGGGUGCUGUCCAAAAGUGUGCUCUGAUAGAUCUUGUGUGUCGAACUUACUCUAUGUACCGAAGUUCAUCUACUAUAGUACUCCCUCUGAAGUGAUCUAAACACUCUUAUAUUUCUUUACGGAGGGAGUAAUGUAUAAGUAACUUCCAAGAA